UGCGCGUUUAUCUGGGUUCCCCGCGUGCUCGUUCAAAAAGCCACGUGAAACGUGACGGGUUCUUUUCGAUUCUCCAUUUUGGCUUGUAAACUUAGUUGUGCGUCGUAACUUAUUCUGUGCAACAUUACGAUGUCUGGAGGACCUGGUGCUGACGUUUUGCAGCUCAAAGAGGAAGAUGUUGUUAAGUUUUUGCUUUCUGGGACUCAUCUUGGCUCCAAUAAUGUGGAUUUCCAAAUGAAUUCCUACAUCUACAAAAGAAAACCAGAUGGUGUUUAUAUUUUCAAUCUUCGCAAGACCUGGGAGAAAUUGGUGAUGGCAGCACGGAUCAUUGUAGCUAUUGAGAACCCAGCGGAUGUCUGUGUUAUCUCUGCCAGACCUUACAGUCAGCGUGGUAUUCUGAAAUUCGCUUCGCACACUGGUGCCACUGCUGUCGCCGGAAGGUUCACUCCUGGUACAUUCACCAAUCAGAUUCAAGCAGCUUUUCGUGAACCUCGUCUCUUGAUUGUCAGCGAUCCCAGAAUUGAUCACCAGGCAGUCACCGAAGCAUCAUAUGUCAAUAUUCCAGUCAUUGCAUUCUGCAACACUGACUCUCCAUUGAGACAUAUUGAUGUAGCAAUUCCAUGCAACAACAAGGGUGCUCUGUCUAUUGGUCUAAUGUGGUGGAUGUUGGCUCGUGAAGUCCUGCGAAUGAGGGGAACCAUCAGCCGCGACAUACCAUGGGAUGUUAUGGUUGAUUUGUACUUUUAUCGUGAUCCAGCAGAGGCUGAGAAAGAGGAAACUGCAGCUGCGGUUGAUGAGACUCCAUUUGUUCCUGCUACAUCUCAACCAGCUCCUUCGACUGAUUGGGCAGCAGCACCCAGUGGGCAAGUGGAAACCGCUCCUGCCGAGGUGGCAGACUGGGCUGCGCUACCGGAUAACAAGGAUUGGGCUGCUGAGACUCCAGCAGGAGGAGCUACAACUGCUGGUUUUGGAGCUCCAACUUCAACAGACUGGGGAGCUGAUUCUAGUGACUGGGCAGCCAGUACAACAACAGCAGAUGCAUCUGCUGAUUGGGGUGCACCAGCUGGAGGAGAGAACUGGUCUUGAGUUAUAUUGAAAAUAAAGGCAUUGAAAGAAAUAAAAUAAGAUUGCAAAUUUG